AUGACCGCCGUUCGCAUCGUCAUCGUUCGCCCCCUCACCGUUCAUCUCGCCAGCGGUCGCCUGCCCGCCAGACGUCUGGGCGUCGGCCCCCAGCUCCGCGUUGGCCCCCUCCUACAAAGCACCAACGGCUCUACUCCCCUCGUCGCGGGGAUCGUUUUCCUGGCCGCCAGCGUCAGCAGGGCCCAUCUCGCCCGCAGUCGCCUGUGCGCUCGAGCGCAAGUGGGCGUGCGCGUCGUGGGCAACGGGGGGGUGACAGUCGCGGCGGAAAAGCGCGUCCAGCGCCGUCCGCAAUGGAGCGCCGCCUUCUGGAUAGGCUUGAUGACGUGGAGAAGGAGCUUCGUCGCUCGCGUGCGGGAGCGGCCGCUGCCUGCGGGGAUGGGCUUCGUAGGUGCUGGUGGCGGGCCGCCGUGGGCUCAGUUUGCUCCGCUGCGUCCUCUUCCUGCUCCGCGUGAUCUCGCCUUGUCGUCUCACCGUGCCCGCGCGUCUGCGUUACUUCCGCCGAUGAAGGAAGUUCCCACGGCGACCCUGGCCCGCCUAUGGUCGCUGGCGGCGUCCCUGCAGAGCCUUGAGCGGACUCUCGAGGAGUCAUUUGACUCCAUGCCGAAACAGCUCCCUUUCUCCCUUCCAUCCUGCCGCCACUCAUCCCCCCUUCCAUCACGUCUCCCUCACUCCAACCUCGCCUUCCUUUCAUCCAUCCCACCUCUCUCGUGCCCCCACCUCUCUCGUGCCCCCACCUCUCUCGUGCCCCCACCUCUCUCGUGCCCCCACUCCGUCCGUGCACCCCCAGCGCCCUUCCCCGGCCCCUACCGGCUGUCGCUGCAUCUGCUCUUCUCCAACGCGUGCCAGACGCGCACUGCUCUCAGCAAGGCCUACAACCAGGGCUUCCAAAAGUGGGUCUUUUGUGCUGAGAAACCCUCUCACCCCGUCAUCUUUCCCCACCCACGCACUGCCUGCCAUCACACCACUGCUUGCCCGUGCAUGCACCACCCGCCGUCACUCCGUGCAUGCACCACCCGCCGUCACUCCGUGCAUGCACCACCCGCCGUCACUCCGUGCAUGCACCAACCGCCGUCACUCCGUGCAUGCACCAACCGCCGUCACUCCGUGCAUGCACCAACCGCCGUCACUCCAUGCAUGCACCAACCGCCGUCACUCCGUGCAUGCACCACCCGCCGUCACUCCGUGCACGCACCACCCACUGCCACUCUGUGCAGCUAUCACCUGGUGGCCCUCCGCAAGCUGCAAGUCACCAGCCCCCAGCCGUACUUCCCAGACGCGCUCAGAGAGGGCCUCCCCUGGUGCACGCCUGCCCUGCUGCGCUCCUCCGGCAACGAGGGCUACUGGAAGGACCAGCAGUGGCGCCCCCACGCGUGCCGCCUCAAGUCCGUUCAGCCCGCCGGUGUGCUCCGUUGCUUCCACCGCAAGCAACGCGUGCUGCUCAUGGAUCUUCCUUCACAUGUAAUGCCAUGUGGUGCCUGUGCUGUUCUGUGCACCCGCUCCUUUGUCACGCCCUCCUUUGUCACGCCCUCCUUUGUCAUGCCCUCCUUUGUCACGCCCUCCUUUGUCACGCCCUCCUUUGUCACGCCCUCCUUUGUCACGCCCUCCUUUGUCACGCCCUCCUUUGUCACGCCCUCCUUUGUCACGCCCUCCUUUGUCACGCCCUCCUUUGUCACGCCCUCCUUUGUCACGCCCUCCUUUGUCACGCCCUCCUUCGUCAUGCCCUCCUUUGUCACACCCUCCUUCGUCACGCCCUCCUUUGUCACGCCCUCCUUUGUCACGCCCUCCUUCGUCACGCCCUCCUUUGUCACGCCCUCCUUUGUCACGCCCUCCUUUGUCACGCCCUCCUUUGUCAUGCCCUCCUUUGUCACGCCCUCCUUUGUCACGCCCUCCUUUGUCACGCCCUCCUUUGUCACGCCCUCCUUUGUCACCCCCCCCUCCUACGGCAGGCGACUCAGAGAUGCGCUACCUCUUUGGCUUCCUCCAGGUCUUCCUUCACUCACACUCGCGCGCGGCCUUUGUGGAGUCCGAGAAGGCCAACAUGCAGGCAAGCAAGCCAGCCCCGUGUGUGGAGCCCCUUCGACGGCAGCAUGGGUUUCAUGGGUUUCAUGGGUUUCCCCAGGUGUGGGUGUGAAGCCCCUUGAAUGGCAGCGCGGGGAGUGGGUUUCGAUAACGGAUUGCGCAUCUCUCUGUCUGCCUGUCUGCCCAUGUGCUGCCUGCCGCAUCUGCCCUGUCCCUGCACAGGGCGUGCACGGGUUCCAUGGCUUUCCUCAGGUGUGGAGCCCCUUCGACGAGAGCGUGGGGAGUGGAUCGGAGAAGGUGCUGCGCAUGCGUGUGAGCAGAACCGACUACACGACCUUCUACUAUGGCUCGCUCUAUGACGGCUUCGUGCGCACCAGGUGGGGCUGGCACGAGGUGGGGCUGGCACGAGGUGAGUCGUGGCACGAGGUGAAGCUGGCACGAGGUGAGGCUGGCACGAGGUUCAACAUUACCAGGGACGGCCGGGCGUUUGAGUUCAAUCUAACAUACGUGGCACAGAUGGGGGCGGUGCAGGAGGUGCUGCCAGCGUGGAUGUUCAACACCAGCCUCCUGGGAGACGAUGUGCUGAGCCGCCCGGACACUCCCUUCCGACUCGUUGCCUUUGGCGCCUCCCUGCACGAUCUCACCACACUCAACUCCACACUGGACUACCGACGAACCGCAACCGUACAUCCGCUCCCAGCCUCGCACCUGCUGCUCUCUCGUGUGUGCGUGCGUGCUGCCCGACGCCUCUUCCUCUCCUUGCCCUCUCAUGUGCUCUGUGCUGUGCGCCCCAUGAUCCUCUCCUUGCCCUCUCAUGUGCUCUGUGCUGUGCGCCCCAUGAUCCUCUCCUUGCCCUCUCAUGUGCUCUGUGCUGUGCGCCCCAUGAUCCUCUCCUUGCCCUCUCAUGUGCUCUGUGCUGUGCGCCCCAUGAUCCUCUCCUUGCCCUCUCAUGUGCUCUGUGCUGUGCGCCCCAUGAUCCUCUCCUUGCCCUCUCAUGUGCUCUGUGCUGUGCGCCCCAUGAUCCUCUCCUUGCCCUCUCAUGUGCUCUGUGCUGUGCGCCCCAUGAUCCUCUCCUUGCCCUCUCAUGUGCUCUGUGCUGUGCGCCCCAUGAUCCUCUCCUUGCCCUCUCAUGUGCUCUGUGCUGUGCGCCCCAUGAUCCUCUCCUUGCCCUCUCAUGUGCUCUGUGCUGUGCGCCCCAUGAUCCUCUCCUUGCCCUCUCAUGUGCUCUCCUCGCACCUGCUGCCCAGCCUGCGCCGUCGCUUGCAGGACGCGCGGCAGGUGACCUUCUUUGGUCCGUGGGCAGCCAGAGAGGACAUCAAGCCGCGCUGGGUGAUCAACAAAAGCAACAACGUGCGCGGCAUAGCCUUCGAGGAGGAAGCUUCCAGGUCGGUGGCACUUCAGGGAAAGUUUUCGUAA